AUGCCUGAUUAUUCCAACAAGAAACGUUAUUAUUACAAUGGGCAAAAUAACCCACAAACGGAUAGCCGGAUCGAGCAGCAACUCCGCCAUGAUGAAAGACGGGCGUCUACAAGGGCUUCUGGGUAAUAUCACAUGAUAGAAAACGGGGGAUAGAGAAGGAUUGUUACACAAAGUAAUACGUAGAAGUGAACAGUUCCUUUCAUUCCUUUACAUCUUGUUGGGUUUUUCCGGACGAUAACUGAGCAUCGAUUUUUUUUUGUCCGUGUAUUUAUAGGCCAGGAUACGCUUUGAGACUAUAUGUAAGUGUUGCUCUCAGAAAUUGCAAGGACCUGUCGAUUUUAGAAGCAUUGACACAAUUUGCAUACGGCCCGCUGAAGCCGCGGGUCGCGCGGUUCGAACUUUUAAAACCGUUCGAGCCAUCUAGCACCGCGAGUCAAAGGAUGCGGAAGUUGAUAUUUCACUCUUGAUCCUCUCUGCGAUUUGACAAAUGGAUUCAACAAACCAGGUGAGUUGUUUUAUCGCUGUUUUGUCGGUAAACAUCCAAUACGCGAAGAAUCUGGGAAUACAAUAUUUUAACCUAGUCAAACGUACGAAAGUUUGAUCCAAUAUUGAAUGUUAAAUUAUUCCCGUUGUUUUUGCUUUAAGGAAGCGGCUAUUAAGGUGUUAGUUUGGGUUUAUCUUUUAUACGUAGAUUCUGAUGAUAAUGGAGUGCCCCACGGGCGAAAUUUACGGUGAAAUUUUGUUUUUUAGAAUUUUCGUACUUAAUAAUUGAACUUACAUUUUGGGGCUACUUUCAUAAAAAGUAUGAUAAGUGGCUGCGAUAUGAUAAAUUAUUUAUUGAUCCACCUUUACCUUAAGCCAGAUAUUUCCUUAACUGGACCUCCUAUUCAGUCAAUGAGUAUGUAGUAAAACCAAAUUCAUUCUACUGAAUUCUAAAGCAAUGUCCAGCAGCUAGGGGAGAGAAAUAGAAAAAAGGAUAGUUUAAGGGUUGACUGGGCAGGAAGAAAUUAUAUUCUGAUUAAUUAAAAACUGAGUGUUUCUGAAAAUUCCUAGUUAAAUGACUUAAACGACUUCUAUCCUUUAGAAGGGAAAGGUUUCUUGUAAGUCUCUCUUGUGGUUGACAGCUCUACCCAGGAUGACCUUGACAAAACCAAUUUGAAACCUCUGGCAAGCUCUGUAUUCUUUCCCAUAAAUGGCUGAGGAUACUGUCAUGCAUUGUAGUUUAUACAACAACCCCUCCUGUUACUGGACAAAUUCAGAAUGCCAUUCAUGACAAUGACUUUGCAGUGCAUUGUUUACAAUGCCAUAUUUAAAUGUUUGUCUUGUUGUUACAUAUAACUUGUUACAUUAUUUAGAUCUACAUUCCAAAAUUGCUGGCUAGGCAAUCUCCCUUCAGUGGCUAUCUAUUGCUUACACCUCUGGUGGCUGCUUGCAAGAACCAUUCUAGUUUGCUGCAAGAGCAGUGUCCUCUCACAAGGGCUUUCACUUUGUUAACCCUUUAGGUGACUGGUAGUUAACUCCCUCUCUCAAUAGCAUCCAAAUCCCUCUUUAACCCAUUGACAUCCGAUGCGCCCUCAUGCGCCCAGAAAUAAAACCCCUCUGAAAUUCCAAUGCGCCCUCAUGCGCCCUGUCAGAAAUGGCUUGUUUUGAUUGGCUGUAGCUUAGAAACAAAACUCCCCUGGGUAUUGAAAAGCAGUGAAACGUGACAUGCAAAAAAUAAGCUUUCGUUUGAGACCAAACUCACUAUUCCACGUUAACCGUGCGAUUUUUGACAAAUUUUUCAAAAAUAUGUCGUGGUCUUAGACAUGGCUUCUGGAACAAUUGAUGAAAGUUAAUUUUCAUCCGAUGAAGAGCAAAAAGUCUUCGCUGGUUUUAUCAUCGAAGAAAUUGAAAAAAGCGACAAGCUCGUCAAGCACAGCAUGAACAAAACUUGCUUCGCAAUGUGGAUGACGAGAUGGAAGACUUUUUCGACCUACGGUCGCAAGAAAGGGGAAGCGAUUCCGAUGUUGAGCUAUACGCUAGUGAGGAGGAAGAAGGAAGCGACGAAAGUAGUGAUGAAGAAUCUGCCGUAGAAGAAAGCCGACCAAAUGCUCUUCAAUGGUCUAGCUAAUUGCGACAAAUUAAUGUUGAGGAAUUCUCCAUUCGUCGUGGCCCGACCAGAGAUCUCGGAGAAAAUGCAACUGCCAAAGAUUUCUUCAAUGUAUUUAUCGACGAUGCUUACAUUGACGAAAUCGUCCGAUGCACCGUUGCGUACGCUUGUUCGAAAGGGGAUCGAUCGUUCACAUCUACUCAAGCGGAAAUUUCAGCGUAACUCGGGCUAAACAUUCUCAUUGGAAUCCAUGAACUUCCUCAGCUGGCAAUGUACUGGGAUUCUGACGAGUUUGUUGGAGUUGAUUGCUCAAAAAAAACGAUCCCAGAGCACCGCUUCAUGACUCUGGGGAAAUAUUUACAUCUUGCUGACCCGACCGCAGAAGACCAAAACGAUCUCCUCUGCAAAGUUUGCCCCCUUGUAACUCGCUUGGAGCAAAAGUUUGCCUAAGCGAAGAACAUAUAUGCAUUGUUCAAAGUGAAACUUUUCAUUUAGGCGUAAAAAUUGGUUUGUUCUUGCUCAUGACUCGCAAAAAGUAAUUUUAUAGCUGCGCCUUGUGACGUGUCGCGAUGUCGCUAUGGCGGGCAAAUUCAAAAUUGACCCGCGUUAGAAAGUUUAGGAUUCCUUUUGUUGAGGAGAAAUUUGCGAUCUGUCUUUUGGUGUUGUAUUUGAGGGAAAGCUAUUUACAUGAUUCUGAUGGAAUAAGAGUGCAAAAGAGAGUCAUCAUACUGAUAAAUACUUUCAAAGCUGAAGGCAACCUUGCCAAUGACUCGUUGUACAUCAUGAAGUUGAAUCCGUUCUCUAGCUUUAGAAUUUUUUUUGAGAGAGCCUGAUGCUCAAGUUGAAAAUAAAAUUUGACAGGGGGAAAGUAUAUUAUUUAAUAUGCAACUUUGUGCAGUUUCCCUUCAGUAGAGUGAAAUGAAGACAUUAAAAUCUUAAAUUAUUUUGGCAGUGGUCUGUGUGUUCACUGUAAUAGCCAUUUUCUCUGGAAUUUCAGGGGGUGGUCUGAGCUCUAAGGUGUGGGGCUCAAUGGGUUAAGGUCAAAAAAAUAAUAUGAAUGACUACCAAAUAAAGAAGCUCUCGAUUGUUAGACAAAUUCUCCCUGUCAACACCAUAGGAAAUCCACAGAGAACAGUAUGGAGAAUAUGCUUACUGAUGUGUAAGUGUAAAGGGCUAAGCAUCUUGGCUGAUUUAAAUGAUCACCAAAUAAAGGAGCUCUCAAUUGUUAGACAAAUUCUCCCUGUCAACACCAGAGGAAAUCUACAGAGAACAGUAUGGAGAAUAUGCUUACUGAUGUUCAAGUGUAAAGGGCUAAAAAUCUUGGCUGAUUUUUUAUUGAUUGUGAUUUUUCUUUUUAAGGUUCUGAACCUUAAUGACUAUGAUAAACUGUACCUGUUGAUGUGCAAAUGGAGAAUUAUUCGGCUUUUCAACCCGUUAUGUUAUGCUGCUGAUGUAACAAGUGUUGAAGACCUUGAAAAGAAAGUGAGGACAAACCUGGAUGAUAUAAAACAAAAACUGCCAGCGUGGUCACAAUCUCAGUCUUUUAGGGAAGAUUUAGAAACUAUUAAAAACUUGAUUGAAGAUUCAAAGACUGUGAGAUAUGAAAAUUUGCCAUCACUUCUGGUGAGUUGAAUUGUUAUCUUAGUUUAUAAUUAACCAACUGCUCGAUUAGCCCAAGAGCAGGCCCUUUUAUCAGCACUGCUGCACCUAAAUUUCUUUACCAAAAAGUAAGAUUAAGGUAAGGAUUCUGGCACUAAUUAGCAUCAGAUCACCAACCGACCACUUGCUGGCUAUUGUUUUUGAGGUCUCAAACCUAUUUCUUGGUGAAAAUAUACUUGUUUUGGAACCCUUGAAAAUGAGAGAGUGUUUGCAGGCUACCUGUUUAAUUUGCUCAUUCAAGAUAUUGUACCUGAAAGAGUUAUUUUUGCUGGUGAAGUUCCCUUCUAGUGAUCUAAUACUGCUACAUACUAAGAAACUUGAACCAUAAUUGAUUGAAGUAUACUAAGGAAGGAACUCAAUUUGAAUUAUUUGUCAACCGAAUGAAACUAUUUCCUAGGGUAUUGAAAGAAAUAACUAUAAAGAGGAGUUAGGAGAUGCAGGAGUCCAGAUGAUACAAAAGAAACAGCUAUUUUUACGAAAAAAAAUAGCUCUUGGUCGUCCAUAUUCUGGUGAUGUUUACAAUGCCCAGUGGAUGCAAGGUCAUAACAUGGUAUGUUGAUUUUGGUAUAGUCCAGAAUUACUCUGAUUAACAGCAACAGGUGAAUUAAGUCUGCACUCAAGCCCAUUGACUCACCCAGAGCUUGCCCUGGUUUCUGAGUAACGUGAAGCAACUAGAAGUAUUGCUACUCCCCCUGGAUAGGAUGCUAGUCCAUCACAAGGUUACCCCUCUCUCCCUCAGCAUUUCAUCAGACUUCCCUGACAAUUUACUGCUAGCUGUUUAUUCUCCUGGGUGGAGAGAGAUGCUGUGAGAGUGAACACACAACAUGUCAACCCAGUCAGGUCUUGAAUGCGAGCCUCUCUACCCAGAGUCAGCUUGAAACAUCAGCUUUGAAACUGACUUUACAAUGCCCAACCUAUGUUUACUUAUCAACUCAGCUGAUUAUACUAAAUUACCCUGUUGUACUCUCCCACUGACAUAGACAGUUUCUUUAGAAACUUAUCCCUAUUAUUCAUUUUGAAUUCCUUUUUUCAAGUUUUGUAUCACUCUCAUAGCCACUUCUUCUAUUGAUUGUGAUCUGAAGUAGGCAGCUAAGGAACUGUAAACUAAUUGGCAAAGUUAACACACUUCUAACUCCAAUAGAGUGUAAUAUGUAAUCAGUUCAGUUUAAGUGGGCUGAAAAUUUUUAAACAAGAGAGAAAUUUGAGAAGAAAAAUGCUUAUUAGUACAUUCAAAUUUGGUACACUUUGAGUCACAAGGUCGUUGACUCAGUUGAUCAUGUAUUUCCAACAAGUGAUUAGCAUCAGUGGCUGGUCUCAAAACUUUUUCAAACAUUUUCCUGCAAAUAUGUGAUGGGAUGAUGACAGACAAACUUAGACACAUGAGCACAAAUUCCUGUAUUCUUUUCAUCAGGUUGAUGUUGUUGUACGGUUUGACUUGGGCCCAUUGCAGCGAGAGUUGUUUAUUAGAGAAGCUAAAAUAAUGACAGGUCUCCAUCACGACUAUAUCAUGAAGUUUUAUGGUGCUGUUAUUUUGGGCUCAUAUACAGACUCUGUGGGAUUGGUACAGUAUAUAUUUUUUAUUUUCAAUUGUCAUUUUCUGCUGGCUAAAUUCUUGAAGUCUCUUGAUCAGUGUGACAGCUUACAGUAAGUUAUUUUGAAUUAUUCAUUACACACAUAAUGCAGUCAAGUUAGGUUAACAGAUGGUAAUUUACUUCACCUCUUUAAGAUGUACCAAUAAUAACAUUCUCCUAUUUUUUAUUACUGUGCAAGGUGGUUGAAUUUUUCAACAAAGGUCAUUUGGAGGAGUUUCGUGUUCCAUCUCUCUUCCAUGCCUGGCUCUAUGCAUCACAGCUCUCUUCAGCUCUGGAAUAUUUGGAGUCCAAACAUCUUGUACAUACAUCUGUAGCAGAGCCUUUUGUUUACAUCUCAUCUCUUGAAAAGGUAAUGUCUACACCAUUCUAUUAUUUAAAAAAAUUGAUGAUCUUCUUCCUUCUAAUUGGUGAUGGUAAAUGGAAAUUUGCUCUUCUAAAAUGCUCUCAGGAGUAAACUACAGUUGGGAGUCUAUAUCUUUCUCCUCAGAACUUUUGAAGAUUGCUUUUUGUUGAAUUUGGAAAUUUAAAAAGUUAGGUGUUGUUUUGUCACACCGUAUCUCUUUUGAAGAUUAAAACUUGUAAUUCAUUGUAACUCUUCUAAUCCUUUCUUGAGUCCUUUGUCUUGCCUCUUUUUCAUUCUCUAUCAGCUAUUCUCAGCCUUCUCUUCUCUUUUUAUGUCGUUCCUUCUCCUAUCUCAAUUCUCUUACCUCUUGUCUGCUUUCUCUUUUCUCCAUCUUUCCUUCUUCAUCUUCUCUGUCCUGCAUUUAUCUUUCCAAACCCUCCCUACUCUUUUUGGUCUCUUUGUCUUUUAACCCUCUAACUCCCAUUAAUGACCACAACAGAAUUUCUCCUUACAAUAUCAAUACAAUAUCAACCAGAUAAGUGAUGAGAAUAAAGAAAAAUAUCAAUUUGGGGAUAAUUAGUUGAUCCAAUACUAAAUUCUCAGAACUAACAUUAUAAGAAUUGUAUAAUUGACAAUAAGGAGAGUUACAAAUUUGAUCUAGGAGUUAAAGGGUUAUAAAUAAAUACUAAUAAGGAACUCAAAUCAACAGUACCAUGAAGAUGGCAUUUUUUUUAUCCACAGAUCAGCCUUGGUGGUUUUAUGUGCUGCUAUUAUGAAGAAGAAAUUAAUAAGGCUAAACAGUAAGGAUUCCUCAAAUUUUACAUAGAGUGUGUUAAUCCUCAAUCAUAUUUUAUUUUUGAGGCUAAAACAAUAAAAUUGAUGGAUACAGUAUUUUACAAGUCAAACAUAUCUUCCUCAUUUUUUUUGCUUUUAAUUUUUAAGAGUAGCUUAAGGCCUCACUGUAAAAAAUUAUUAUUAUUCUGCUGGGGGACAUCAUAUGAGACAAUUCCAAAAACUUGCACUGUACUUUGUAUUAAAGGGUUACAUGUACAUGUAGCCGUCCAUACGAUAAUCAGCUGGAUGGGGUAAAUUUGAAUUUUGAUGUGGUUUGAAUAGCCUUGGUCAAAUUAAUGACUUAAACAGUUACUAUGUUUUCCUUUUUUUUUUUGAGGUGAAACAUUACACCUUAUCCAAACAUGGGUAUAUGUUGUGGUUCAAUUUUUACUUUUGUUCAUGUUUUCUUUCCCUUUAAGUUAAUUUCAAAUUUGUUUUUAAUGCAAAAAGGGAAUGAAAGUUUGAACCAGGAAUUGCAGAAAAUUAAAUCUCAUCUUCUCAUCAGAAAAUAGAUCACAAAAAGAGGUUUAAAUCAUGCAUUUUAUAUUCUUUUCUUUUUCAGAGAGGUCAGAGAGGGUCAGCGUGGUAAUUUAAAACCGUCAACAAUAACUGGUCAUCAGGGUCAUUGUUUGGAUGACCUGUCUGUUAAAGGAGUGGUUGCCCUGUUCUCUCAUGUAGUUUUGUCAAUGUUCAGAUACCUUGACUCCCAUCAGUCAGGCCAACUAGUAAACCUUUUUCCGGUGAGAGUCUACUUACUGAUGAAUAAAAAAAAAUUAGUUGAAUUUAUUUAAGAUCAAUAAGAUCAAAGAUCAUUGUUAUGGCCCAAAACUGUUUUUAAUAAAUUUGCUCAUCUCCAGUUUGUGUAGCAUGAGGUAAUCAUGAUUAUGUAUACUUCUCUUAGAUGGGUUGUUGCUCUCAGUGUUUGCAGCCCUCACCCCCUCCUCCCCUUGUCCUCCUGUCCUGUCUCCUCACCCCCCCUCCCUGUCUUCUCUAAACCUAAACUUUUAUUGAUAGAAUCUGUUCAAUUUAUAUUUUUUGGGGUUCUAUGUCCAGAAGUUGAAAAUUUGAUAAGAAUGCAAUUACAGGCUAGAAUCCUUUAAGUAUGUUCCAGGUUUGUCUGCACUCUCUAUCCUAAAAUUUUCAAACUAUGAUAAGAUCUAUAUUUUAUGCCAAUAAGCAUUUUUCUUUUUUCGUUUCUUUGCCAAUCACAGUUAGUCUGUAAUAGUUUAUUUUUCUUAGCAUUGAAUAAUUUUUGUUGACAUAAUUUCUUGCAAUGAUUUUUCCAGGGUCAUAGAAAGCAGCCUCUUGUGUGUCCAUGUGGUGUUGCUUCUCUUCUGGAGAGAUGUCAAGUAGAGGAUUUUAGUAAAAGACCAACAUUCCAUGACAUAGUUCAGACUCUUGCCAAGGUGUUUGAAAUAACGUAAUUUUGAAUUGAAAGCACUAAUUACAGAGGAGCAAGUGUGAGGGGGGGGGGGGACUUUUCCCAACCUUUUCCACUCUUUUCCUCUCUUUUUGUGUACUUUAAUUUAUGAAAUGUCAUAUUUUUCAAGACAUACACUCUGACUUGUAAUUCUACAAAUAUUUUUUCUUGUGCACGAGUUAUAACUUCCUUCUGCUUUCUGCAAAGCUUCUUGUUAAGGAACAUUGUAAGAUAUUUCGAUGACAGAAGUAGUUAAAUGGCAUUUUUAGUUGGUAUCAGACUUUUUGCUAGCAAGAGUACUGUUGUAAACUGUGGUGUUAGGUAUUAAUCAAUAUGUAGAAUACCUUAUCAAAACAACAGACUGACCACACAUUCUUACUUUGAAUAAAUUUUCUGAUCAAGUUGUUUGAGAACUGGCUCAUGACCAUUUAGAUCACCAGUCUGAUUUCUGUAGAUACCACCAGUGUACUAAGCUGUAACCAUUUUCAUUGCCAUGGUUACUCAAAAUAAUUAUUUUUCUGGCCAACAAUUUAUGAUUUUAGAUCACCAAAUGGUGACUCUGAAAAUAGUUGAGAGUGAAGUGCUGGCCAUGUGUGACAACUACCUUUGCUGGUUACAUGGAAAAGGGAUGCAGUAAAUUGUUAGACAGUAAUUAAUACUUAUGACUUUUAUUCUUCAGGAAAGACCAGAAAAGUUCUGUUUUACAACAAGCAAUUCCUCUGCAGAACCUUGUGAGCUUUCAUAUGACAAAGGAGAGAAACUUUGGGUGAUAUCACGGGAUGCAACGAGGUAAAAGCCAUCUUUUCUUCUUAAUAAUUUUUUCAAGUUCCAGAUUGAGAGCACUCUUACUGGUCACCAUGCUUUAGAUUUUGGGAGAUACAUUUACUUACAGCUUGUAAUGGUUUCCAUGUGAAGUUUUCUGAGUGUGCUUGUUUUUAUAAUACAGGGUGCUUUUUGUGUAAUGCCUGGUAAAUAUAUCAUGUUAUAACCCACUCGUUAAUUUUUGCACAACUCUAUUGGCUACUUAUAAUUUUAUUAUUAGUUGUAUAGCCCUAUUUACAUGUACAGAUCAACAUUAAUUAACAUCAACAUGAUUAACAUCAUGUGGUGCAAAAUCGCCUGAAAGUUAUCCUGAAAUAACACCCCUUUAGGUUGAUAUUUGUAUCUGAUUAUUCCUGUUGUUAAGAAACAAAGCCAGCAGAAAAAAGCCAGCUCAAGUCAGAGUUUCACUUCUUCAUCCUUAUUAUUUUACAUGGAAGAAAAAACAAACUUGUUUUGUAGAGUACAUUGACAGUUGUAGAGUACAUUGACAGUGUCAUUGAAAAGCUGAUGGCAUGUUAUGUAUUUAUUAUAUUUUAGAUAUCAUGGUAUGUGGUUUGGUCAAAAGGAGAACGGGACUGCAGGAUUUUUUGAUGGUGACAAAGUAAUACCAAUAGAUGAUGAUAAUCAAGGUAUGUUUCUUGUUUCAUGUUUCAUUUUUCAUGUCUCUUUCUCUUAGAUUCAGUCAUUCAGAAAUCAAAGAUCUCAGUCUGCAGUAGACAAAUUAGGGAAACAUUAAAUACUAGGAAAACCACUUGCCUCAUUACUUUUUAUUUGGAUAUGGAUAUCUGUAUCUGGGUCAAAUUAUUUUCAACGGCCAAAAUGCAUGCCUAUAUAGUUUUUUCUUAUUUGUUCUAGUACCACAUGAAAUAAGAGCCCGCGGAAAUGAAGCACAGCUUGCAUACAACCUUGCUCUCUUGGAAGGAAAGAUCAAAGUGCGCCGCGCUCGAUUGCUGAUCAUUGGCCAGGACAGGGCAGGAAAAACAAGCCUGAAAAAUUCACUAAUGGGUUUACCCUUUAAUCCUGAUGAACCAAGCACUGAAGGUUUGGAAGUGAAUUCAUCAAAACUGGAAGUCAAUGUUGAGCAGGUAGUUGAAUGGAAGGCUGUGAGUGAGGAAAACAAGGAAGUGGAACAAGCUACACCGCAGAAUAGAUGUAUUGCUAGAUUGGUUGCUAGUCAUAUGAUGGAGAAGAAGGAGACAAAACCAAAGCAAACUUUGCCUGCUGAGAAGAAAGAAAUGCAGGAGGAAAAAGAGAUGCCCCAAGAACAAGUAUGUUGUCCAUAGCUUGAGAUAGAUCAUUUCUUGUUUUUUCCAAUUACAAACAUGUUGCAUAAAGAAAAAAAAAACAACUGUUGGAUUACUUAAGUUCAAAGUGGCUCAGAACUAAAUGUACAGUUUGAUUAGGAAAUAUACAGUAAGAAAUAUCUUUAUUGAAGCUGAUUGUUUUAGAGUUACAGACACAAAAAACUUGUGGAAUAAGUAGUAUCCUUAAACCUCAGGAAAAGUGAUCACAACUUGUCUAGCAACCACUGGAUCUUUGCCACAUGCAAUCUUUGAGGAAACAAAUGAAGAAGUCUUGUAGCCUCAAUUCAUCACAUAAUGAUACUGUAAUGUACAUUUAUGCAGAUUUAAAAAAAAAUUAUUUGAGCCACCUUAAUUUAUUUUGCAUUUAUCUUGUGUAUCAUUUUGUGUCCCACCACAGCUGAAUAGGUUUCAUUUCACCACAAAUCCUCCAGCACCCAAUCACACUCAAGAAUCCACAAAAGCUUUUGCACCAGACUUAGUUGAUGGAUCCCAAGAAAAACCAGCUCUGAAACCAAAAGUUGAUAUGCCAGAUGAAUUAACCCCGCUUGUAAUAGAGUGCCUUAAAAAUUCAGGGGGAAGCAAUGAGAACAGUUCUACAGAAACUGUGCUGGACAUCUGGGACUUCGCGGGUCAGCAUUUGUAUUAUGCGACACAUCCCUUAUUCUUCUGCCACAGAGCCAUCUAUCUCCUUGUUCAUAAUCUGGAGAAAAAACCAAAUGACCUUGCAGAGCCAUCAUUUAAGCGUGGAAACCAAGUAUUACCUUUGAAGAACACAUCAAAUGAGACAAACUUAGACAUGCUUCUGUCAUGGUUGGUCUCAGUCCACAGCAUUUGCAGGCCCCCAGUGGAGCAUGAUGUUGAAGAAUUGUGUAAGUCAAAGGUGCGCUGCCUUCCCCCACCUGUGCUUGUGGUGGGAACACACGCUGAUAAGGUUUCACCCAGAGAAAUCCAACAAGUUGAAGAUGAGAUCAGUAGUAGCCUUAAACGUAAAGCCUACCAAAAACAUGUACUGUCUCCUUUUUACAGAGUAGAUAACAGGCAGUCAUCAAAAUCACCUGAGAUUCAACAGAUCCAAAAAAAAGUACAACAGAUCUUGUCAUCUGGGUUGAUUUCAACUGCAGACCUUCCUGUGAAGUGGUUCAAUUUUGAAAAAGCUCUAAAGAAACUAACAGCAGGUGGAACCUUCUUCUUGACCAGAGAGGAAAUCUACACAGUUGCACAGAAAGAAUGCUUCAUCACAGACAAUGAUCAGCUAGACACCAUGUUAAACUACUUUCAUGACCUUGGUCUGAUUGUGCGAUUCACAGAUGUAGUAGUUCUCGAUACACAGUGGCUGGUCAAUCUCUUCAAAAAGCUGAUCUCCACUUGCCCUUUUCAAAAACAGGUUUGUGUACCAAAUUAGUUGUCUAUUGACAGGGCCUCAAGCUGUAACAGUCAUCACCCCCGAAUCACGCAGGAAGGUCACAAGAAUAAAGGAAAUGAUCUCCAACUAAAGAAGCUCUUUAUCUUUAAACAAAUUCUCCUUGUCAGCACCUUUGGAAAUGUAUAAAGAACAGUAUGGAGAAAUUUCAUUCUGAUGUUAGGGUUUAUAGGAUUAAGGUUGAUUUGUAUCGUUACUACUUUGGGAGGCACAAGCUUGAGGGAAUGGUGUGUCCCUGGGUCUGCAAAAAUUUUCACCCUACCAUGAGCAUAGUGUCCAAAAGUCUAUCUGUCUUGUUUUCAUUGCAUGAUCUUCAACAUCUCAAGUUGUUUGUUUCUGAAGCAAAAGAACUAGAUUGUCAUAUGAUUUGAUUAGCCAAGUAAGUUCUUUUUCAUUUUUCUAAUUGAAAGGAUCCUGUCGAUCGCGAGUUGUGGCAGGUACUUGAAGAUACUGGAGUCUUGCAAAAGGAGCUCAUUGACAAAGUGUUUAAAGAUUUGGAAGGGGGUAGAUACAAGCCUUUGCAGCAAAGUAUCCUAGAGAUGAUGGAAAAAUUUAGCUUUCUGGUAAAAUUUCAACAUCAAGAAGAACCAGACCAACAGCAGAGCAUUUCCUGUGAGGGAAAAAUUAUCAAAUACUUUGUUCCAGCUCAACUGCGUGUAUCACAUCCUACUCCGCAGGAAUUGGUACCAAAAGAGGGCGAUCCAUGUACUCUCAUAUACAAGUUCUCUGAUGGGUUUGUUCCACAUGGCUUGUUCUAUCAGCUUGUCUCCCGCCUCAUCGCACUUUGUCCCGUGUUGGAUUGUACCACACCCCCGAUUUUGUACUGUAAUGCUGUUCGCUUUAUUUUAGGGAAGAGUGGUCAAUAUGAUUUUUUUCUUCUUUGUAGCAAGCGUUGCAUCAAGUUGGUAUUUAGGGAGUACAACCCUAACAUGUCUGGCAACAGUCUUGAAAACAAAAAGAGUAUAGCUUGCCAAGUGAGAACCUGUGUUGAAGAUGAAUUGCGAAGCUUAUCUGAGCAGUGGCAAUGGCUGAGAAAUGCAAACCAUGAAGUUUGUGUUACUUGUUAUGCUUGUGAAUCUUCUGAUGUGCUGUGUAAACGGCAUCAAUUGGCAUCAUGUUUAGAUCAAGACUGUCUUCAUUUUUUACCCAUUCCUCCUGAAGUGGAUUCAAUAACACUUUUUACAUGUCCAGAACAAGUAGGGGACCAUUCUAGGUUCACUGUGAGUAAUCUCCACUUUUGGUACCCCAGCAUUGAGGUAAGAUGAUUGCAAGUAAUCCUUAUUUAGUGUUCAUGUAUUUCUAGGAAGCUAAACUUCAUUGAUCCUGCAUUUCUGUGUCAGCAUAUUUUGUGUGUGUGCCUGACCUGAACAUGUACCUUGUAUUGUGGUGUAACUGUAAAAGGUUGUCGGGAAAAAAACCAGAUAAGUGCAUGCAACAACCCCAAAAGGAAAAAUUGUAGGUAGUUUUCAGGUCACAGUUACUUGACCUUAGGAUUUCAGGAAAGUCACAGAAAAUGCCACUGUAAGGAUGAGACAACAUAGUGGAUUUGAUGAAUUGUUUUAAUUUAUACAUUUUACAUUGAUACCUUGUUACCUUUCAAGAUUGUCACAUGCACUUUUGUCCUUUUUUCCAACAACCUUUCUUGAAACAGCAAUGUGGUAUAUGAACAACAUUGUAGCCCAAGUGAACAAUUCUGUGGGUGAUUGAUAAACUGGCAACUGUGAACUUGGACAUCUGCUUGUAUCAAUCAUGAACUUACACCCUGAUGGUUAUAUGAAAAAAAUUUUUCCUCUUCUUUUGAACACUUUUACCUCUAAAUGAUAUUUUAACAAGCAGCCUUGUCUUUUAAAUCAUUCAAUUAGUAAUAUUUUUUAAUUUCAUAAUGAUUAUAGACAAGUGUAAAAUUAUUUAAAGAUAAUCAGAUGAGCAGAAUUAGAAUUAUAACAUUACAGUUACACUAUUUUUGAACCAAUCAAAACAGAGAGAAAAUAAAGAGGCAAUGAUGAAGAAAUGGAAGAUGAGGGAUUAUCCAAGUAACCUGCCAAUCUUUAACAGCUGGUUUUAUGUAUGUUAUUGAUUAGUUGCUUUAAAUGCAACAGAUGUGUUAGUGUAUAUUUUACUUGCAAGGAAUUAACUGUUGCAUACCUUUUUUUUUAACUAGAGUAACCUUCCAGAAAGUCCUCAACUGGCACGAAUAGCAGACAUACAAAUUGUACGCUUAGCGAAGGAAAUUGUUGAUGAGUGGAAGAUAAUUGCACGGCUUUUGCUCAUUCAGGAUACAACUAUUGCACGAAUUGAAAUAGACAAUACAGGAAAUGUCUAUGAACAAAGCUAUAAAAUGCUGUUAACGUGGAAGAACAGUCAGAAGAAUUCAGAUGCAACAUGUGACGAGUUAAAACUUGCUUUGUGUGAUGAUUUAGUCAAGAAAAAUAGUGUAGCCCAACAGUAUUGUUACCAGCGUAAAACUUAAUGUCAGAUUAAUCAGGGGGGUAAUACAUCUUGAGCCUAUAUUUCUUGUAGGAAUAAAUGUUAAAAUAAUUAUUAUUAAAUAACUUCACAUAGUACCUUUUAUCUAAACCAACAUUAUAAUAUUUAUGAUAUAUGCAAUUGAAUUGGUUUGUUGAACAAUUUCAAUCCUUUAGUUAUCCUGAAGUUGUUAAGGGCUCAUAUUUUUUUUUCUUUUCUUCUUAUUGUAAGCUGUUAUUCUUAUUACAACAUGGAGUACACAUACAAAGAGAACAAAAACUACAAAGAAAGGGAAUUUUCAAAGAUACAGAAUACACAAAAGAAGAAACUUACUCUGGAAUCUCCAAAAGCUUUGCAUACACCUCUUACGUAGUACCUGGGUUCAUAAUAAAGUAGCAUGUACAAGAAUUGAGAGCUUUUAUAGUUUGGCAUAUUAUGUAUGUCUCCAAUAUAUGAUCUUUGUAAUGAACAAAAACUUAAUUUUCCUUUGGUUGAGAACUGUUGUAAAUUAUAACAAAUUUUUUAUGUGAUCUGCCCCAGAAUUUGUUCUGAAUAUUAUUUGUUUCCCAUGUCCAAGAACGAUAUUAACAAAGAAACAAGAGUUGAAGAAAGGUUGCCACCAUUCUAGAUAAUUUCUCAUUGUUGGUGUUAAAUACCAUUAGUUAAGUAGGCAAUUAACAAGAUUUUUUUCCCUGGGGAGAAAAGUUCCUUACAUUGUACAUAAUUUGAUAGUUUGAAGGCUAUAUUCCUUGGAAAUAGGGGAUGGCAGAUUAUGUAACCUUUUCUAAGAAAACAAAAUCAUGCAAACACAAUGUUUGGAAGG